AAAACUUUGCCUAUAUAAGGCAACCUUCACAGGCUAUCUUUAUUGUGAGUCUAAGCAUAUUUAAACAAUCAUCUAAUCUUCUUCCUUAACAAAGAUUAGCUCCAUUUUAGCCUUCAACGCCAUUUUUGCUGCUGCCUCAAAUAAUCCUCCAAAUGGAAGGAAAGAUGAGUUGGGCUGUUGCUGAUGCCUUUGAUUAUAAGGGUGACCCUGCAGACCGCUCGAAAACCGGUGGCUGGGUACCUGCUGCUCUUAUUCUAGGCAUUGAAAUGUGUGAAAGGCUCUCCACAAUGGGAAUAGCAGUGAACCUGGUGACGUACCUCGUUAACACAAUGCAUUUACCAAGUUCAACCUCAGCAAAUGUAGUCACCGAUUUUAUGGGCACUUCCUUCCUCCUUUGCUUGCUCGGAGGCUUUUUGGCUGAUUCUUUCCUAGGUAGAUUCAAGACUGUUGCAAUUUUUGCAGUAGUCCAAGCAUUGGGGACAGCAAUGCUAGCAAUCUCAACAAAAAUUCCUGAGCUUAGACCACCACCUUGUGACUCAAGCAAGAAUGAACCAUGCCAAAGAGCAACAGAAUUUCAAAUGGGAAUACUAUACUUAGCCUUAUACUUGAUAGCCCUAGGAACAGGUGGUCUAAAAUCAAGUGUUUCAGGGUUAGGAAGUGAUCAAUUUGAUGACAAAGAUGAGAAAGAGAAGGCUCAAAUGACAGCCUUUUUUAGCAGGUUCUUCUUCUUUAUAAGCUUAGGGACUUUAAUGGCGGUUACCGUGCUCGUAUGGGUGCAAGAUGAGGUAGGAAGAAGUUGGGCAUAUGGUAUUUGCUCUGCUUCAAUGGGGAUUGCCAUAAUUAUACUUUUAGCUGGGAUGAGAACUUAUAGGUAUAAGAAGAGUAUGGGAAGCCCUAUUGUUCAUAUAUUUCAAGUUAUUUCAGCUGCUGUCAAAAAAACUAAGGCACAAUUGCCUUAUGAUGUUAAUUUCUUGUAUGAGGAUUCCCCUGAAGGCCUAAGGGUUCCACACACUCACCAAUUUGGGUGCUUGGACAAGGCAGCUGUAGUAGUUGAAGGGGAUUUCAAGGACAGCCAUGGUGCUACGUCCUCGACGCCGAAUCCAUGGAAGUUAUGCUCGGUGACGAAGGUGGAAGAGGUUAAGAUGAUGGCAAGGUUGCUACCUGUGUGGGCAACAACCAUCAUAUUUUGGACAACUUAUGCACAAAUGAUAACAUUUUCAGUGGAGCAAGCUGCUACAAUGGAAAGAUCUCUAGGGAGUUUCCAAAUCCCUGCAGGCUCACUCACUGUCUUCUUUGUGGCUGCCAUUCUCAUUAGCUUGGCUGUCUAUGAUCGUGUCAUCGUGCCUCUUUGGAAGAAAUGGAAGGGAAAACCAGGUUUUAACAGCUUGCAAAGGAUAGCAAUAGGGCUAAUCCUGUCAACACUUGGUAUGGCAGCAGCAGCAAUGGCAGAAAAAAAGAGACUAAAUGUUGCAAUAGCAGUUGGAAGAGACACACAAACACUUCCAAUAAGUGUAUACUUUUUAAUCCCACAAUUCUUCCUAGUUGGUGCAGGAGAAGCUUUCAUAUACACAGGACAACUUGAUUUCUUCAUCACUCAAUCACCUAAAAGCAUGAAAACUAUGAGCACUGGCCUAUUCCUUACCACUCUUUCUCUUGGAUUCUUCCUCAGUAGCUUCUUGGUUUCGCUUAUCAAGAGCGUUACGGCGAAACGAAACACCGAAGGUUGGCUUGCUGAUGAUAUCAACUAUGGAAAACUUGAUUACUUCUAUUGGUUGUUAACUCUUUUGAGUUUGAUCAAUUUUGUGGCAUUCAUGGUUUGUGCAAUUUGGUUUAAGCCACCAAAGAAGAACAAUAAUAGUAUUUCUAUGAAGGUGUCUAAUGGUAAUGGAGCAUCUUAUGGUGGUGCUGAGGAGAAAUGCUAGAAUUGAAAGCAAAAUGUAUGAAGUGUAUGGUGAGAAUUUGGGAGUGUUUUGUUGGAGUUCAAUUUUUGAAAGCAAUGUCUAACUCCAAAUGUUUGAUGUAUAGUUAAUUAAUGAAUGAAUGGUGUAAGCUUGGUUCUUACCUUUCUAAA